AUGAUGUGCCUUGGAGGGACACUCUUGCCUGCAUUGGCCGGCCUGCUCUUUGCUCUUCCCAGAGUCGCAAGAGCCCAGAGUCCAACUGGUGUACCUCUUUUUGGCCAAUGUGGAGGACUCGGGUACACUGGUCCAACCGAAUGCGCCAACCCAGAUUUCCCCCAAGUUUUAAUAGAGUGCAAGCCUAUCAACGCCGAAUUAUCGCAAUGCCUGGACAUCUCCGACCCUAACUGCGGGAAGGUCGCAUGCAAGUGUGCCUUAGGCUACGUUACAAAAUGGUACACCGGGCCACCACCAAUGAAUUGUCGAUUGUGCACGUGUGUGCCCGAUACCAAGACAUCGAGCACCCUUACGAAGAAGCCCCCUGCGACACUUAUCACCGUCGCACCCACGACCUUGACCACCUCGAACACCAUCUAUCCCUAUUACCCGCCUCCUCCAAUUUAUUCCAGCUCGUGCACAAAGGCAACCAAUUGCCCGACUUGCCGCUCACCUGCUGCAAGCGUCUCCUUCCCCGAAUCGGUAAUUACACCGGGGACUUCGACACAGUGCGAGCAGUGCUACUGUCUUUGCCCCAUUUUCGACUGCUUCUGUCGACCUCCGGCGGUCUACCUCCCGUCGACGUACGGGAAUUGCUUGGCAUGCACUUGCUCGACUCCCACCCAGACACUAGUUCAACCCAGUGACGUACCCGGACCAGUCAAGCCUUUGGAGGAAGACCUGUCGGUGACUGUUACCGCAUUCCUGGAGCCUCAGGACAUGGUGCAGGCUAAACCCACAGAGGCAGCCGAAGCUGGGACGUCAUGGAGGAGACGCAUUGCGAUGCCAGAAGUGACCGCAAACUAG